UAAAUGGAAGAAAAUGACAGUAAUGUCGAUAUCGGUAGUGCAUCAACAUACGUGUGUUUUUAAAACUAUUUUGAAGAUUACAAAAAUUUUCCCUUUUACAAGUCUAACAUCCAGCCGAAUAUUAACAUUUUCUUUGAGUCGAUCAGCCUAGUUGUGGCUGCAACCAUAAAGAUGAGAGGUCUUGCUUUAUCGCUGAUGACCAUGUCGCUGACGGCGGUAGUGGUCUUUAAUGCCUAUUAUCAGAAAAAGCAAUUUUAUCCCUCUGUUGUGUACAUAACAAAAUCCAAUCCGUGCAUGGCUGUGAUAUACAUUCAAUCACUUGCACUGGUACUGAUGAUGGGGAAACUAAUGAGAAAGAUUUUCCUGGGAACACUGAGAGCAGCCGAAUUUGAACACUUAAUGGAACGAUUCUGGUACGCGCUAACCGAAACCUGUCUGGCGUUCACAGUAUUCCGCGACGAUUUCAAUCCGAAAUUUGUGGCUUUGUUUACGGUGUUGCUGUUUCUGAAAAGUUUCCAUUGGCUGGCAGAGGAUCGUGUGGAUUAUAUGGAACGAUCGCCAAUUAUCGGUUGGUUAUUCCAUUUCCGAGUGUCGGCACUGUUGACUGUUCUGGGUCUGCUGGACUACAUGAUGAUCUCGCACGCCUACUAUUCUACCGUAGCCAAAGGUGCCACCGUUCAAUUAGUGUUCGGAUUCGAGUACGCAAUUCUGAUCACCAUGGUAAUCAAUACCAUGAUCAAGUACAUCCUUCAUGGAGCUGAAAUGAGAGCCGACAGUCCAUGGGAAAAUAAGGCGGUUUUCCUGUUGUAUACCGAAUUGGUCAUCGGAUUGAUACGAGUGGUUUUGUACGUUUUGUUUGUGGUCAUCAUGGUUCGCAUCUACACAUUGCCGUUGUUUGCAUUCCGACCGAUGUACUACACCAUGAGAAAUUUCAAGAAAGCACUGAACGACGUCAUACUAUCACGACGGGCGAUCAACAACAUGAACACUUUAUAUCCCGACGCAACUGCCGAAGAGCUGUCACAAUCGGAUAGUAUUUGCAUCAUCUGUCGAGAGGACAUGGUUCAUAGCUCGAAAAAACUGCCCUGUGGUCACAUAUUCCAUACAGCCUGUCUACGUUCGUGGUUCCAGCGCCAGCAGACAUGCCCCACUUGUCGACUCAAUAUUCUACGAACGACAACACGGCCAGCAACAGCUAACGUUCAAAAUGAUCCCAAUGCGAAUCCACCGAAUCCGGUUGCACCAGAUGCUAAUCCUAUUCAAGGCAUCCCACCGAAUCAGAAUAUGCCUCAAGCCGGCCCAAAUCCAUUUGCAAAUCUUAUUCCGCCGCCGGGAGUUAUGUUCCCUCCGACUCAACCGUUCAUUCCACCGUUUCCUAUGCUACCGCCAUUUAUGAUGCCUCCGCCGAUGCCACCAAAUUUGGACACGUUAAGCGAAGAUGAGAUAAGGGCUCUGGAGGGAACAGAACGACGGAAUGUCGAGGCGAGAAUAAAGUUGCUCCGAAACGUUCAACUGAUGAUGGAUGCAUCAUUCGCCUUGAUGAAUCAAUAUGCAGCGAUAACAGCAAAUAUUGCUGUAAAUGAAACCGCUCCACCAUCUGCUGUACCAUCACCAGCACCAGCAGCAGCAGCAACACCUAUCGAAAUUGCGGAAGCCACAAAUGUGACGGUGGAAAAUGUAGCAGCCAAAGUAAUCAGUUCGUCGGCAACUGACGUGAACAUGCCGAGCACGUCAGCCGAAGCUAAGAAACGGAAUCAAGAAGACUUAAUAAAAAUCGAAGACCUCGGUAGUGAUGACCAAGAUGAAAUUUGUAGCGCAAAUUUAAGAGGCGAAACGUCCGAGGCCAGUGAAUUGCGCCGAAGGCGCUUGCAGAAGUUUCUACAAACCGAACAAAAAAAUUGAUUUCCUGCUUGGAAUGUGGAACCUCAAAGUAAAUUAAACGAAAAA